AUUAGCUUGUUUUGUCUUUUUUUUGUGUGUGCUUGUAGGUUGCUCCCCCCUGCCCCCCUUUAUUUAUAAAUAAAUAAAUAAAUAAAUAAAUAAAUAAAUGAUUCACUGGAAUAAAGUUGGUGUGACGUUGGACGUUUGAUAUUCGCGGAUAUGCGGAAAUUAAGGGACCGUCUCUAAAGUUACAUACGACAUUGGUAAACACGGUUCUAGCUUCAAUAGCAUUUGAAGGGAAUGACUUACAGUCACACAACCAACAGUAAAAUGUUCAUCUAGGUGUCAGCUAUAAUGCACACCUCUUAGAUUUCUGAUAUUUAUCAAAAUAAGCUAUUAAAUCAUAUGUAAAUUAGACAUGAAUUUCACUGCAGAAUGGGCCCAUACACAAAAUAUACCAUUAUUUAAAGCUCAAUAGCAUUUGAAGGGAAUGACUUACAGUCACACAACCAACUGUAAAGUGUUCAUCUAGGUGUCAGGUAUGAGAAACACCUUUUAGAUUUUUGAUAUUUAUUAAAAUAAGCUAUUAAAUCAUAUAUAAAUAUUGUCAUGUAUUUUAUUACUGCAUGGGACCAUACACAAAAUAUACCAUUUUUUUUAAAGCUCAAUAGCAUUUGAAGGGAAUGACGUACAGUCAUAAAUCCAACUGGAAAGUGUUCAACUAGGUGCCAGGUAUGAGAAACACCUUUUAGAUUUUUGAUGUUUAUCAAAAUAAGCUAUUAAAUCAUAUAUAAAUAUUGUCAUGUAUUUUAUUACUGCAUGUGACCAUACUCAAAAUAUACCAUUUUUUUUAAAGCUCAAUAGCAUUUGAAGGGAAUGACGUACAGUCAUAAAUCCAACUGGAAAGUGUUCAAUUAGGUGCCAGGUAUGAGAAACAACUUUUAGAUUUUUGAUAUUUAUUAAAAUAAGCUAUUAAAUCAUAUGUAAAUUAGACAUGAAUUUCACUGCAGAAUGGGCCCAUACACAAAAUAUACCAUUAUUUAAAGCUCAAUAGCAUUUGAAGGGAAUGACUUACAGUCACACAACCAACUGUAAAGUGUUCAUCUAGGUGUCAGGUAUGAGAAACACCUUUUAGAUUUUUGAUGUUUAUCAAAAUAAGCUAUUAAAUCAUAUAUAAAUAUUGUCAUGUAUUUUAUUACUGCAUGUGACCAUACACAAAAUAUACCAUUUUUUUUUAAAGCUCAAUAGCAUUUGAAGGGAAUGACUUACAGUCAUAAAUCUAACUGGAAAGUGUUCAACUAGGUGCCAGGUAUGAGAAACACCUUUUAGAUUUUUGAUGUUUAUCAAAAUAAGCUAUUAAAUCAUAUAUAAAUAUUGUCAUGUAUUUUAUUACUGCAUGUGACCAUACUCAAAAUAUACCAUUUUUUUUAAAGCUCAAUAGCAUUUGAAGGGAAUGACGUACAGUCAUAAAUCCAACUGGAAAGUGUUCAAUUAGGUGCCAGGUAUGAGAAACAACUUUUAGAUUUUUGAUAUUUAUUAAAAUAAGCUAUUAAAUCAUAUGUAAAUUAGACAUGAGUUUCACUGCAGAAUGGGCCCAUACACAAAAUAUACCAUUUUUUAAAGCUCAAUAGCAUUUGAAGGGAAUGAUAUACAUUCACAAAACCAACUGGAAAGUGUUAAUCUAGGUGUCAGGUAUGAGAAACACCUUUUAGAUUUUUGAUAUAUAUUAAAAUAAGCUAUUAAAUCAUAUAUAAAUAUUGAACAUAUAAAAAAUAGAUAUAUAUAAAAAAAAUCAUGUAUUUAUUUAUUUUUCACACCAAAUUGUUGAGGACCCCGGGCGCCCCCUGGCGGCCCCCACUUUGAAAACCAGUGCAUCAGACUGCAAUCGGCAUCAUGGCCCGAUAUAAAAACUGGAAACGUAAAAGAGAAAAUGACCUUUGGGCAAAGGCUGGUGGCAGAAGUCAAACAGCUAAGGCAUUUCUUAGACAUGGCGUUGGAAAAGGAAAGGCAAAGUGGUCCACCCUAGCUGUCUAUAUUUUCUAUUCCAAUCCACCGAAUAAAAAAAUUGGCAGCAUGGCAGCGAACUGUUUGGACAGAGGACAGGAAAGGUGUUCGAGGACAGGUGCUUCAAACAGACAGAAGUUCUGGUAAAUAUAUUUAUUUGAGAAUGUACUGUUUCUGAGUUUUAGGGAGUAGCUAGAUAAAAUAGCUAAGUAACUAUCUUAACUUGUUUCCCUCAUUAGCUUGACAGUUAGCCUCAAGUAACUAAGCAGCUUGGCCAAAGCUAUUUUAUUUUCACUUAAUACUGAUUUUUGUUUUGCACAAUGACAGGUAAGGCAUGUUGCUCACAGUAUAUACAGCAUGCAUAGAAACACACAUGUUGGUUUUUCUUGAUGUUCAGGUGUCAUUGAGUUUGAAAUGAUUUUUAAUACUGUUUUAUAUAUAUGUACACACACACACACACACACACACACACACACACAUACAUAUGUGUUAUUAUAUAUGUUAUUAUAUGUGUACACACUAGAAUUGGGGUACUCUUUUCCGGACUCAGACGUCAUGUACUGGGAUAAAUUUGUACUUGAACUUGACAUGGACUCGGAAAUGUUUCAGAGUACAGUCGAGUCCGCCUCAUCAAAUAUGAUGAGGACAUUGAGGACAAUGAGGACAUUGAUGAGAUGAGUGAAGGGCACAAUAAACUCAAUGAAACAAAGGAAUGAAGAGAUGAAGACUAUCCUUGUGACAGGGAAGAUGACAGGAACAGCACUGUUGAUGAAGAUGAGAAUGCUAAUAAUGAUGGCACAUGUUCAGGGCAGAUAAGCAGAUAAGCAGAAUGGAACAGAGGAAAGGAGGGACAAAGAUUAUUCUUGUGACAGGGAAGUUGAGGCUGGAGAAAGGAACAACACUACAGAUGAAGAUGAGGAUGAAGAUGAAAGUUCAGGGCACAAUAAGCAGAAUGGAACAGAUGACAGGGGGGGUGAGGAUUAUUCUUGUGACAGGGAAGCUGAGGCUGGAGAAAGGAACAACACUGCAGAUGAAGAUGAGAAUGAUGAUGAGUCAGACACGGAAAACAAGACCAGAUACAAAGAUUUUUGUAGUGUCCAUAACAACAAAAACCUGGCAAAAAAAAAUAAAGCCACAUGCAGGCUCAACCCAGUUACAACAGCCCUGGACAGAUGUCUUGUAUGAAGCAUUCAACAAAGUAAAUCCUUGCUGUGUCCUUUCAUUCAAGUAUCAACAUGUAAAAUGCAGGAAAAAUCGUAAAAAAAAAAGAGCACCUUAUUUCAGGGCACUUGCUGUUUGUAUCUUUGAUGAUUGCUCAGCAAAAUACAAAUUUUAUUAAUAUAUAAUAUAAUAAUAUAUUAUUAUAUAUUAUUAUUAUAAUAAUUUAUAUUAAUACAAACAGUAGCAAAAGGAGUAAGCCAGCACUAUUAUCAAUCAUUGAGAAACACACCACCAGAUGAGAUUUUGGCUGGCAACAUCUCCAGAUGCCUUACUAUGGAUGUCUUAAGAGUAAUAUCUAGUGAAAUCAGGAAAAGCACCAGACUCCAUGAUGAUGUUAUCAUGGAGAUGAUGCUCUGCCUGAAGAUCAUGAAGGAGUGCAGUGGAACUGCAUCACAAAUUGCAGGCUAUAUUCCACACUUACAAGUGUGUGGAGGCAUUGGAGGAAACAUGGCUAUAUUCCACACAAUGCUGUGUCCACUUGUACACAGAUUGUGGUCUACAAAUAGUGGCAGAACAUUGGAAAAACUCACCCCCAGUCACAUUACAUCUAGAUACUACAGGCAGUGUCAUGUGACACAUCCCCAACCAAACCAAAAGAAUCCUUUAUUAUGCCUUUGUUCUCCCUGGAAAGGGGAAGGGUAAGCUACCCCUUCGUGUGUCUGAGUUGAUAUCAAACGAGCACUCCAUACCAACUCUCACGUCUUGGCUGGAAACACUGAGACAACUGUGCCAGAUCAUGACACGGAAGGUCCACCAGGUUGAGACCGAUUUUAGCUGGGCACUCAUUGGUAGUGUCCUCCUGGCCUUCAAUAAAGAAAGUGUCUCAUCGAAUAUAAACAGAGCACAUCUAAUUGUCAGCCAAAAAGUGAAAAGUGCAGAUGCAGUUAAUUUCACAGUGCUCCACCUCUGUUCAUCCCACAUAAUAAAGGAUGUAACUCAAGGAUUUUCAAAGACAACUGCAAACAAUUCCAAUGCGGUUAUGGCAGCAAAAAACACACUGGACCAAAAAAUCCUGAAGUCCAAGCCUACUACUAUGGAUGAAACACUUCCACCAUAUGUAGAAGACAUGGAGAGGAGCAGCAACAUCAAGACUAUAUGUGGCAAAUCUCCCUUCACACGUUUAUUCAAUGGUGUUGUAGAGAAGACCAGGUGUACACAGACAGAGAGUGGCAAAAAGAAUGAAUUCUACUGCCCAGGGAUCAUUAAUGUUCUCAUGAACACCUACAUGGGCAUUUUCCCCCUUUGGAGUGGCAUAUUGCUUGGGGACCUGAGCAGAUUCUCCAAAGAGAAUACUAAAGAAAUAAAAACAAGGGAAACAGAUUGCCAUGUGGAGCAGUGGUUCUCAAUAGUGCAGAAUCACAUACUACGCAGAAAAAGGUUCCUGCGGCCUGCAGAUUUCAUUACAAAGAUGUUUAACUCUCUGCAAGGAAGGUACACACAGCAUCAGAUGAUGCAUAGUCUUGAUAGUCUGUCUCAAGGAACAUCUCCAAAGCAACAGACCAUUGACCAACAAGAAGAGCAAUGGGCCAAGAGAUCACAAACUCAAAGACCAGCAAAGCAUCGUUCAAAGUAUUUUGAUCCACCAGAAGCAGUGCCCCAACCAAAAAGACACAAGACAAAGCAAACAUCUGAGGAUCAUUCAGAGGACACAUCAGCCCAGAUCCAAGCUCUGUGGUCUAAGAAAGCAUGUGAGAUAGUCAUUGCCGUCACACAGUCAAAGGACAAAAAAAGGUCUUAUAUCAUGCAUCAUUCAGAGCUGAGAACACUCCAGCCACAUAAAUGGCUGGUGGGGGAGACAAUCCAAUGCUAUUUUCAAGUGGUGGUGAAUAACAGAGACCAGGGACACAAGAUUUUUAUACUAGAUCACUACACAGCAAGUGUUAUACUUCAUGGAGAACGAGAUGAAGUACAGAGAAACAGUCUCUCAAAGGUGAACUUUGAUGACUAUGAGGGAAUGAUAAGUUUCCUGAAUGUCAACGGGAAUCAUUGGAUAUUUUUGGUGAACGCAUUUUAUAGUCCAUUUUUAAUAUACAUGAGACACUCUUAUAUUACUCUAUUCUAUAGAGGAUGUUCAUAAUUUGGUUGGCUUGAAAAAUCACAUUGAAUAAAUGUUCAGAUGAGCCAAGACUAUUCAAACACCAACCAUCAAAAUUCAAAUAUAAACUAACCCGUAGCUGCGGGGGUUUCCUCCGGGUUCUCUGGUUUCCUCCCCCAAUCCAAAGACAUGCAUGGUAGACUGAUUGGCAUGUCCAAAUUGUCUGUAGUGUAUGAAUGGUUGUGUGAGUGUGUAUCUGAUUGUGCCCUGCGAUGGACUGGCACCCUGUCCAGGGUGUACCCCAACUUGUGCCCGAUGCUCCCUGGGAUAGGCUCCAGGUUUCCCCGUGACCCUGAGAAGGAUAAAGCUGUAUAGAAGAUGGAUAGAUGGAUGGACUAACCCGUACAAGGCCAUGUGCUUUUCACUGUGUCUACACCACACACAAGAGUCUGGAAUAGUUGAAUGUAUGUAUAAAUGAAUGAAUGAAUGAAUGAAUGAAUUCAUUCAUUAAUCCAUCCAUCCGUAAUUUUAACUUUCAGGCCAGACUUUUUCAAACCAACUUGAAAGUUUUUAUACAAAACUUUGUUUUGUAGUUUCAUUCUAGUUUCAUCUAUUUUUAUUUAUCUUACACAGUAUCUCCAUGCAUCAUCCAGCCAGGUGUUUGUGGUAGACCCAGCAGGACAUGAUGAAGAAGCAAAAUCCAUGCAUGCAGCCACUAGAUUUCAGUAAUAUUUUUAGCUUGUUAUAUAUUGUACUUACAAAGAUAGGUUACAAAUUAGACAAAAAGCAUGACUGUGUGAAGAGGCCCACUUCUUUUUUAUGUGUUUUCUUGUCACAGGGUAUUGAACGGUGAAUGAUAUGCUGUGUCCUUGUGUCCUUUUCUAUCUUUAGUAAAUGAAACAAAAAAUUAGAUUUUGGACCAAACUGUAUCAGCUUGAAAAUGUAAAAAUUUAGAAAUAUAUCUUGAAAAAAUUAUGUUCUAUCCCUCCUGUUGGUGUUCCAGAGACUUGGCAUAGCUCUUGCAGAUCUCUGGAUCCUUAAGAAUUAUUUUUGUAAGAAUAAAAUGACAGGCUUCGAGUCUUUUACAUUAUGUAAGUAUACUAGUCUUCUCAUAAGGUUUUUUUUAAAUGCUGUCAAAUCCUUACAAUAAUUUUACUUAUUAACUUUUACUAUAAGUAGCAAGCAAUUCACAAUAAUUGUUAAGUGUAAAGUGAGUGAGAUAUGUAAAGACAAUGAUUACUAUAUACUACAUAUAUAGGAAAGUAGUAGUAAUAGUAAUAAUGUUUUAAUGCUUAAUGUUAUCCUGUCAAUCAUUUGAUUCGCUUAACACACUUUUUUCCAAACAUUUUGUGUUUUAAGCACUAAAGGAAAAUGGAUAAUGUUGCCUUUCUAAUAAUAUCAUUAUAUUUAUAUGGCCUGUAAAGAGAACGGAGAGCACAAUGCAGAACAUUCGUUUAAAUUGACUAACAAAGUGGGUCUCUUAAAUAAAAAAAGAUUCAUAACAACAUUUAUUGUUUGUAUUUUGUACUAGUAUUUGGUAAAAAAAAAUAUGGUUAAAAAGAUGAACCUUAAAGUAGUUUAAAUCACAAGAAUGUGUUUUUAUUGGUUUAGGGGCUUUUUUGCUUUAUUGUGGUAGGGAUAGUAGAGAAUUGACAAGGCAAUAUAGGAUAGAAGAGUGGGGGUGUGAACGGGAAAAUACCCUAUGAGCUGGAAAACGAACCCUUCACGGUAGGAGAGAAGCAAUUGAUUUGUCACCUUUCUCUACAUUUAGACUCAACAAAGAUUUAACAAAUAAAUAGGUUUUUACAUGAAGAAUGUUCAUGAUUUUCUUUAUUUACACUGCCUAGAGAGUACUUCAAGAUGAGAAGAAACUGUCUCAGUAAAUGUGACUGGGUGGACAUUAAAUGGAAUGGAGGACAAAUUAACCAUUCCACACAACAGGACUGGUACAGCUGUGGAGUGUUUGUC